AUGGACAGGGCUUUACUCAUUGAGGAGAAAAAUGAUGUGCUGCAUAAGAAGGGUGGCUCUUGGAGAGAUAGACGAGGACCCUUAAAACUCAAAGAUCCUGCAGACUUUGGAGGAUUUAAGAAGGAAGGGGGAAAUGAGAAAUACAAGGGUAGGAGAUUGAAUCCUGCAGAGCUGGAAGAGAGGGGCAAAAAAGGAUUGUGUUUUAAGUGUGGAGACAAGUGGAAUAGGGAGCAUAUCCGUAAGUUCAAGCAUAUGAGCUUGAAAUUGUGUGAGAAUAGUAGUGAUGAAGAAGAAGAAACAGGGGGAAUAGGGGUUCAAAUAGAAGAACUGGAGAAGAAGCUGGUAACCCUAAUUGAUUUAGGAGCAACAAGUAACUUUAUUGAUGCCAAACUAGUAGAACAGAUGGGAUUGAAGUUGGUAGAAACUCCCCCUUAUGUAAUUGAGGUGGGAAAUGGUGAAAGAGUCGAAUAUCAGAGAAUCUGUGAAGGGUUGAGAUUUAAGAUGCAGGGGGUGGAAUUUAACCAACAUUUCUUUUUGAUGGAGUUAGGAGGGACUGAUAUGGUGUUGGGGAUGGAUUGGUUGGCCAGUUUAGGUAAUAUUGAAGCAAACUUUGCGGAGUUAAGCCUGAAAUGGGCGUCUGAAGGACAGAAGCAUAAUAUACAGGGUGAUCCGAUUUUGUGCACCAAACAAGCUUCCAUGAAAGCUAUGAUAAAAGCUUUGCAUAAUGAAGGCAUGGGAUUUUUCCUACAGACUCUACAGGCAGAGGAGCAGUCCCCGAAACUGACAGAAUGGGAAGAAGUGUUGAAAUCUUUUGAGAAGGUUUUCAACCUCCCUGCUGGGUUACCUCCUAUAAGGAAGCAUGAUCAUGCGAUUACGCUCAAGGAUGAAGCUGAUAUACCUAACCUCAGACCUUACAGGUAUCCUUUUUUCCAAAAGAAUGAGAUAGAGAAGAUAGUGAAGGAAAUGUUGCAAACUGGAAUUAUUAGGCAUAGUACAAGUCCUUUUUCAAGCCCAGUUUUAUUGGUAAAGAAAAAAGAUGGAGGAUGGAGGUUUUGUACUGAUUACAGGGCCUUAAACAAGGUGACUAUUCCUAAUAAGUUUCCAAUUGCUAGAUGA